GAUGAUGAGAAGGAGGACCCGGGUAAGCCGGAGAACUCCUCCGGCCCGGAGAACCUCGAGACUCCGAUCAUCAUGGUGAAGACGGCCUGCGGAGAUUAUCAUAAUCUCGGGUUAGAUACUCAGGGUCAGGCGUAUAGUCUACCCAGUCCUAUCAAUGUUUCAUCGUUCCCGGGAGCACCCGCACUUAAGGUGACUGAUAUAGCUUGUGGGAAGGAGCACUGUAUGCUUCUCACGGAGACAGGACAAGUUUUCUCUUGGGGCGGGGGGACCAGAGGACAACUUGGACACGGGACUUUGUCCUCAGAGGACAAACCGAGGCUCAUCAUGGCCCUAGACGGGAUGAGGAUAAAAAAGAUUGCCGCCGGAGGUUGGCACAGUGCCGCUAUCUCGGAGUAUAACGAUCUCUACAUGUUUGGUUGGAACGAAUCCGGUCAGUUGGCACUGCCGACGAAUUUAGCGCGGCCGGCCGAAUGUUUUUCGGCCGUUGAAAAGCUUCUUAUGGCGUGUUGUACAAUGCAGGCGGAGGACGCAGCUGUUCCCCGGGGAGAUACAGAGGAUGCUGAGGUCUAUAGGAAACCUGGAGAGGAGGACAGCAUCUGUCAACUCAUGGACCCGGAGAAGGAAGGAUUAAGCUGCUAUGCCCCAGCUGCUUGUGAGAAUUCUAAUGAGUACGUGAUGGUUCAACCUGUUCCUAUUCUAGUCAACAUUAGCGGGAAGAAUGGUACUGAGAACUCUGUGCUUGAUGUUGGGUGUGGGUCCAGGCACACUGUUUGUUUAACUAUGGGGAAUAAUCUGUGGUCCUUUGGUUGGAAUAAAUACGGACAGCUUGGUCUGGGGGAUAAUAAAUCCAGGGAUAAUGUCUGCAAGGUUCCUCUUCCCAAAGCUAUUAACAGAUUCAGUGAGAUAAGAACAGUGCGAUGUGGAGAUUGGGGAACUGUCAUCCUAGUUCACAACGGCAAGAAGAAUAAAUAAAAUCGCCAUUUUGGUUCAACCCGCCAUAUUGGAUCGUCAGCCAUUUUGGCUCCCCUUGCAUUUUAACCGCGGCAUUAGCGGCCAUAAAUUUAUAAACUGGCAUGAAAUUUGAAAAUCACCAUUCUCUGAUUUUGAGAGCUCUACACUCAAAAACGAAAAUGGGUCGAAAGCCAAAUGAAAAAAGUAACUAGAGGUAUAAUCCAAUGUGUUUAAAUUUGCAACAUUAUUUUGUCAGUAUAAAAACAUAUUUUCCUAAAAAGUAUUUUAAUCUAAAGAAUGUUCGAUGUUUUUUAUCCUGCUUAACUAAUCUAGAAAUACCGCUUAAGUACGUAUUUUUAUCCUAGAAUCUAGGAUUACAGCAUCCCUAUGAGAUAUAUCUCUUAACCCAGUAGUCGCUAGAAAUAUGUGACCCCGGAACACAGUCUUCAAUUUUUGUUAUCAUAACGUUGAUAUCUUACAAGCUGAUAUAUUUAUGAUUUAGUCAGCGAUUACAUUAUUAUAAAACACGAAAUUUGUACUUUUGGACAAUAAGAGAUAUUCUAUAAAAACAGAUAUUUUUCUUUUCUGUGAUUUUUAAAUAAUUUUAAAUAAUCCAAUUCAGUUGCAUAAAGUUAGUUUAUGUAAAUGCAUAGUUUUGUUCAAUGUAAUACAGUGAUACCCAAUAACAGUAGAAUAUGAAGACAGUAUUUCAUCUCCUGUGUAAUUGACAAUUUCCUCGUAUCUUGAAUUUACUGUUCAUCUGAGUGUUCAAUGAACUAUUUAAAAUCAUGCUUGCGGUUAAAAGUCGUCUUCCUUUUCCACCGUUUUCAACGUAAAACAAAUUUAAAUUGGAUUAAAAAAAGUGUGCGUGAAAAAUGAGCUAUUCAUCAAAUCUCAGCAAAAAUUCUGAAAAGUCUUUAAAUAAAUAAUUCGCAAAAAAGUCUCAAACUUCAGUUUCAAAAUUUACAAAUCAUGACCUUUAGAAGGAUACACUUCUAUAAACCAGGUACUCCUGUACUGCAGUGUUUACUUUCCUCCCGCACAAAAUGUAAAUAAUCAAAUGAAUCCCAAGCUUGUCAGUAUUCCUCCCGUAAUAUGCAGUACACUUUUUGUAUUCACAAAUUUUGGGGAUUUCUGUUUUGGGGAUUUCUGUUUUGAAUAUUUCUGUUUUGAAUAUUUCUAGGCUGAAAUAGUGGUUGAAAACGAAUGGGGGGAAAAUACCCCUUAACUCCAGUACAAAUGUAGAAUAAGAAAAUUUUAAAUGUUUAAAAUAUUCCAUGUGAUUUAUCUUUUUAACCAUUUACCGUCAUUUGUCAAUAAUACUCAAUGUAGAUUAAAAUACAUUUAUUCAAUCCAAACUAAA